AUGAAAACGUUGCCGCUGCUUGUGUGUAUCUGUGCACUGAGUGCCUGCUUCUCACUCAGUGAAGGUCGAAAGAAGCAUCGUGAACUAUUUCACCAAAGGCAUCAUCCCCAUCGACCCAGACCUGCCUACCAAUUCCCACCACCUUCUAGACCCCUGUAUCACCAGAAUCCAUUCAUUAGAAAGCCUCCCCAUGUUGGUCCACACAAACCUCAUAAGAGGCCCCCACAUUCAGCUAAUAAGCCCCCCAAAUUCCCAAAUAAUCAACUGCCACCCAAGUGUCCUAUUAAAAAUGACAUCAUCAACAAAAAUACUACCACCCAAAUCCCACCUCUGAAUUCCCCAUCUGCUUCUACCAAAAUUCCUACCUCUCCAGGCCUGAAUCCUCUUGCUCAGAAUACUACUGCCAUACCUUCAGGAGAAAAUAAUGCCAACACAGGCUCUUCUGUAGCUGGAUCAAUACCACCCCGGGUGCCAGACACCACAGCUGCACCACCAGUGGAGACCACAGCUGCACCACCAGUGACCACAGCUGCACCACCACUGGAGACCACAGCUGCACCACCGGAGACCACAGCUGCACCACCAGUGACCACAGCUGCACCACCACUGGAGACCACAGCUGCACCACCAGUGACCACAGCUGUACCACCACUGGAGACCACAGCUGCACCACCGGAGACCACAGCUGCACCACCAGUGACCACAGCUGCACCACCAGUAACCACAGCUGCACCACCAAACACCACUGUACCAGAGACCACAGCUGCACCAAGCAAUGCUGCACCUGAACCUUCCAAAACUACAGCUGCACCCACAAACCAAACUACUACUGUUAAACAACCAACUUCAUCUCCCACCCAAAAUAAAAUUUCUCAAUUUCUUACAGCUUUUGAGAAUAAGCUAAAAAGAAUUUUUGAGUAUUUGCUCAAUCCUUAG